UCCCAUUGCUCAUGCACUCUAAGUAAACUAAGCUUACAUAGGACAGUAUGAUGAAAAAUAUAAAAUAAAUUUGCCCUAGAGUUGUAAUUUGGGUUUGUUUGAGGUUUGAGCAAAAAAUCUUUUAACAAGCGAAUACAUAAUUAAAUUGAAAUAAUUGGUCAUGCUUGGAUGGUUUUUAACUAUCAACAAAACAAAAGCCAGUCAGGAUUUCUGGUGAGUGGUGAGUGGUGAGUGGUGAGUGGUAUAGUAUUAGCCAGGAGAGUAGAGGAGAAUCAAACCCAAAAAUGGAGGUAGUGGUGGAUGCGGGUUCCAAGCUUCUCAAAGCUGGUUUUGCUGUUCCUGAUCAGACCCCACCUUUAAUAAUUCCUACCCAAAUGAAAAGAGUCUUGGAUGACGGUUCAACUGUGAAUGCUUCAUCGAUUGAGGAUAUUACAAUUGAACCCAUAACACGUGGCUUUAUUAGAGAUUGGGAUGCCAUGGAAGAUUUGCUACAUCAUGUUCUUUAUACUGGACUGGGAUGGGAAAUCGGGAAUGAAGGGCAAAUUUUAUUUACAGAUCCCCUUUCAACUCCAAAGUCCAUACGAGAAAAACUGGUCCAAUUGCUGUUUGAAACUUUCAAUGUCUCAGGAUUUUAUGCUGCGGAGCAAGGAGUACUAUCACUAUAUGCAGUAGGUCGUAUUUCCGGCUGCACAGUUGAUAUUGGUCAUGGGAAGAUAGACAUAGCACCAGUCAUUGAAGGAGCAGUUCAUCACAUUGCCUCGAGGAGAUUUGAGAUAGGAGGUCUUGAUUUGACAAAAUUACUUGCUCAGGAACUUGGAAAAUCAAAUCCAGAUGUGACUCUUAGGAUGUCUGAUGUUGAGAGAUUGAAAGAGAGGUAUUCUUGUUGUGCUGAGGAUGAACUGGCUUAUGAGAAGCUAUUGCACAACUGUCAGAAAGAACAGCAUACACUUCCCGAUGGACAGGUCAUUACAAUUGGAAGAGAGAGAUACAUUAUUGGUGAGGCAUUAUUUCAGCCUUCUCUCUUGGGUUUGGAAGCUCUUGGAAUUGUUGAGCAGCUGGUACAUAGUAUCUCUUCUGUGUCAUCUGAAAAUCAUCGUCAGCUUUUGGAGAACACAGUGCUCUGUGGGGGCACAUCAUGUAUGAAAGGUUUUGAAGACAGAUUCCAGAAAGAGUCGAGCUUGAGUAACUCAGCUAUCCGUCCCUCUCUGGUUAAGCCACCGGAAUAUAUGCCUGAAAACAUAGCCAAGUAUUCAGCCUGGAUUGGUGGCGCGAUUCUUGCCAAAGUAGUAUUUCCUCAAAAUCAGCAUGUAACCAAGGCAGAUUACGACGAAACAGGUCCUUCAAUAGUUCACAAGAAGUGCUUCUAAAACGUCCUGCAAGCUGGAGUUUCACCUGUACAAUAUGUAACAUACCUGUAUAGGUAUAAGUAUUUGCUUUUGUAGAGAUCCUAUGCUCAUCGAUAUCAAACUAUCGCAUUCUUUUGUGACUUAUAAGGUCGAUGUUAUUGUAUAUCUUAGAAUGUGUAUCGUUAUUGAUCUUAAUGCUAGGACUUUUUCUGAGUUUGCUGUAAGUUUAUGUUUAGCCUUAAAUUUUAGUGCAGAAAUAAAACCAUAAAAAAGAGUCUAAUUAUAAUGUUUUGGUUAUAAACUCUAUUUGAGGAGCUGCCUCGCCUUAGCAAGAAGAUAUUUUUUGCCAA